UCCUUACGGCCGCUCGCCCUCCCUCCCUCCUUCCUUUCUCCCCUCCCACCCUCCUUCCUUCCCUCCCUCCCUCCCGCACGGCAGCCGCGCUCGCCCAGCGGACGGGGUGUAAGGCAGCGACGUCGGCAGGAGCAUGGCCCGCACCAAGCAGACCGCCCGCAAGUCCACCGGGGGCAAGGCGCCCCGCAAGCAGCUGGCCACCAAAGCCGCUCGCAAGAGCGCGCCCUCCACUGGUGGGGUCAAGAAGCCGCAUCGCUACCGGCCGGGUACUGUGGCUCUCCGUGAAAUCAGGCGCUAUCAAAAAUCUACCGAACUUUUGAUCCGCAAACUUCCCUUCCAACGUCUGGUGCGUGAAAUUGCUCAGGACUUCAAAACAGAUCUGCGCUUCCAAAGCGCUGCCAUCGGUGCUUUGCAGGAGGCAAGUGAAGCCUACUUGGUUGGCCUGUUUGAAGAUACCAACCUGUGUGCUAUCCAUGCCAAACGUGUCACAAUCAUGCCAAAAGAUAUCCAGCUAGCACGCCGCAUACGUGGAGAGCGUGCCUAAACUUCACUAUGAUGGGUUUGUCAUUCUCAAAGCAAAAUCUUCUUCCUGUUAUUGGUAGUAAUGAACGUUAGAUAUUUUUUCCAUGGGGUUAAAAGGUACCUAAGUAUAUGGUUGCAAAUGGAAAGAAAAAUAGGGGACAGAAUUGGGAAUUGGCAAGUUUUUUUCCAUUUUCAUUUGUGUGUGGAUUUUUAAUAUAAAUGAGGGGACGUAAAACAACAAUGUGGUCAAAAAAAUGUUUCUGUGAAGAAGUUUCAACAAUUCAACUUUAUAAAAAAAAUACAAAUAAACCUGUCAAAUUUUUUCUGGACAAUGCCAGCAUUUGGAUUUUUUUAAACAAGUAAAUUUCUUAUCAAUGGCAACUAAAUGGUGUUUGUAGCAUUUUUAUCAUACAGUAGAUUCCAUCCAUUCACUAUACUUUUCUAACUGAGUUGUCCUACAUACAUGUUUUUAAUGUUGUCUGUCUUCUGUGCUGUUCCUGUAAGUUUGCUAUUAAAAUCCAUUAAACGAU